UACCCUGGUUUAUAGUUACUAAGAGUUUCAACGCGAUGAGACUUGUGGUACUGGGUCUCUUUCUCCUGCCCCUUGUUUCGGGUCUGCAGAGUCACCAUUUUGACCACAAUGUGGACGUCAAGCAUCCAGAAAGCGGAGAGCAUGUAAAACUAAGAAGUAAAGGUCGUCUUAGUGAAGCAAUCGACUUGGACCGGGUACAAGGAAUAAAGAGAGUAAUAUGCGAGGAUCAAAAGAUUUUGAUUGCCGUGGAACACAAGGGGGUCGGAAGAGAGUGGAAGAAAGGCCAGGUUGUGAUGGGUAGUCCUAAAUGGGACUGUAGAUUGAACACAUUACCCGGCAGUCCGUCUGCUCAACGAGGAGUCUACGCCAAAAUCAAGGAAAUCUUUUUCCCCACGGAGACGGGAGUUGUUCUUCACACCCAGACGGUCAGGGCAUUCGAUGUUAUAGACGAAGCGGACAUUAAGUUUCAAUACACCCCCGGGAAUAGCGAGUCUCAUUCAACGGAAACACGCAGACGACACCGUCGUUAUAUCGCCAACGUUUUGUCGGAACUUUUGGGAAAUAUCACCUGGCAGUACAGUGAUUCAACGUCCAUUCCGUGGAAUUCAGACGAUUCAGGAACCGGGGACCCGGAGUCCUUUGGUUUGGCAAUUGGAAGCAACGACACCGAAUACCGCUUCACCGAAAACGUGACGGAUAAUGACGUCAUGGGGUUCGUCUGCAAGGACUGCAGUGGGAUAUCUCAUAUGUCGUAUGAAUUCGAUCUGGUUAUAAAGAAGAACGCUAUGAAUGAACCAGAAAUUCAUCGCUAUCUAAACAAACUGGAAUCAAACACUAAAAUGAAACUGAAAACCACUUUCAAAACAUCGAAAGAUCUAAAGCUUGCUGUACACAAGGAGAUAGACACGAUGCAUGUUCCACCGACAAUGUUGUUCUCAGUUCCUCUGGCGCAUGUGCGAAACCUACCUCCCGUAAUGCUGACUGUGAAGUACACUGGGGCCACGCACGUAGACUUGCAAGUGGACACCCGUGAUGCAGUUUCCAUAGAAACGGACAUAGAAUUAGGAGGAAACUAUUCCUUUGCUCAUGAAUACCGCGGGACGUCAUCUUUGGGGGGAGACGUGGUACCCCACAACUGGACCUCCUCCACCCAUCGUAACACUGUAAACACCGACAAGGACAUGUCUGUCAAUAUCUCCGUAUACCAACAAAUAUUAUUCAACACAACCAUUGGGUGGUUUGCACGUGAUAUGGAGAUUGACUUUUCGCCACCAGUUAAAUACAGUCUUAAGCCAACGAUUCGCAGCAAAUCUACGAUCGAUGAUGUAAAGCGAUGUACGACGAAAACUGCUGAACUUGCGGGCAAUUUCAAUGUCACUGAAGCCAGGCUAACAGUGGAAGCAUUUGGAGUGUCCAUAUGGAACACUCUUAUAGCCAAAGGGUUCAACAAAACAGUAAGCUUUGAAAACGACACGCUGUACAAGACGUGUUCUGCCGAUUGUCCACUUUCUACGAAGACAUCUUUGAAUAAGGGUCUGACUAUGACCGAUGUCUUGGGAGACCCAAAAAUGUCCAUCAGAAGAAAUGAGCCCGACUUCCACAUUUUAACGCAGAUGUGGGGAGACUCUGUCCUGUUUUCUUCAGAGGAGGCAAAUUCGUCAUCUUGGUGUGGCACUCCUGGUCAACAUUGCGGAAACUGCGUUUAUCAAGGAGCAGACGACAUAACCCAGGAAUGUGCAGACCGUCUUAUGGUUCCCAAACUUGCAACAAAAAUUAGCCUUCUUGGAAAAUAUGUGAACGCCGAAUGGCCAAGCAAAAAACUGCUGGUUGUCGAAGCAUGGGAUGAGCCAACUUCUUCCAAUCCACGUGGGAAACAUGGCGAUGCUAGCUUGUUCUAUGAAGGGAAGGCAGCGCAACUGGCCCUGACCUAUAGCAAUAAUACUUCAACCAUCCCCCCUAACGUUAUCAAAGAUGAUGCAGAAAAUACACGCCUUGAGCAACUGGCAAUUUGUACUGGAUUCCAAUACGUUUCGAAACUGAAAUCUGAUUCAAGCAUAGAAGUUGCAGUAGGGGAAAAGCGGUCAUCUGGAGAUCAAGCCAGAAAGGUUAAAAAAGUUUCACUGGAUAGUAGGGAGAGCGCCGAGAAGGAAGCUAUGAUCAACGCAAUGAAACGGCUAGAAACUGUUUUACCGGGUAAGAAAUGCCCUAAUGUCGGUUUUGACAGCCUACAGAAGGGAAAGACAUAUCCAGAAGAUCCAUCCAAACAACUAACUGAAGAGGAUGUAUUGGGACCAGCACUUGGUCAGAUUCACCGUGAAAACCAAGAGGAGAUGAGCAGAUUAUAUGAGUAUCAGUUCGACGAUUUUAAGUUCCUUCACGAACGUCGACCAAACCAAACAGUCGAUCUUUGCGGCCCAAAUAGGAAGUGCCGGGAUGGAUACUUCUCUGUUUCAGACAACCCCUGGGAGUGGAGUGCCAAUAGGGUUAUGGCCCCGAGAUUAGCCUUUCGGAUGAGAAGAUUAGCCAUUAUUGCUAAAGAUAUAGCGGGGUUGCAAGGAUCAAAGAUUAUAGUGGAAAGGGCUUUCGCAGAUAAAAUAGAUCGUGGGGAAUCUAGUCUGUUUUUGGAAGGAAGGGGGGCGCGGUUGACGUUUCUUGAUAAUCCUGAUACGAACAUUCCACUUCUUGGACAUGCUGCAGUUUGCGCUGGCUUCGAUUUCGUUCGCAACGUUGAUAAUGUUGCGAUCGAGGUCUUCGUUAAACUACAGGACGGCUUCAGAACCACGUUGAUUCCGUACCCUAGUGGACAGGUUCUUCUGGCCGCCGCCCCUUCCACUAAAGACAGCGACGAAUAUUCAUAUCCGGCUGAAUUAGAACACGAGAAUAUGAAACCUCUUUUAAUAGAUGGUGCCAGUGAAGACACUGCAUUGUCUUCUCAUUUUAAGAUUAAGGAUUUUAAGUUUGAAGGUCAUAGGUUUCUGCGAAUUGAUUCGUCGCUUGUUGAAUGUCUUGAUUUGACACAGAAAGAAUUCAAAGGAAAAAUUCAGAUACUCACAGGGUACAGACCAAAGUCUGCCAACGAACAAGAAGUCACGUGGUCUAGGCGUCAGUUGGCAAGAUUCCAAAUGGGCGAGGCAGCGGAAAUAAUAUCUGACAGUGAUGACGAGAUCUUGGACCUUGCAAAGCUACUGAUGGUCACAUGUACACCGUUUCUUAGAUUACAGAGAAGAGGGUUGGGUAUCUUCGUAAAUCAAGAGGGCAAAUGGGAAAAGAACAGCAUUUAUGUAGACCUAUAUCCACUCAGAGAUGACAAUAGGAUGAUUGACUUGAAAAUUAAUGUUCGAAGAAUUAAUAAAGACAUUGGAUGUAUGUGGGAUGAACUCAAAUUGUACUGGUCAGAAAUCACAAAAGGAGGUCCAGGUGUUAUUCCUUACAAUGUAAAAAGCGCUUGCAAGAAACCCGACCUUGAAAAGAAAACGUAUCUUGACUUCAAUCUGAACAGACCAGGUUUCUGCUUCCAAUUCCACGACAAGAAGUUUUGUGCAAACUCCAGCGAAGCCAGGGAGGAGUUGGGGGAUGAACUGCUGGAACAGUUGCAGGGUGUGGCGGGGACGGAACAAUUGGACAUCACAACCACUCGGGAACAGAUCAAAAGAUGCAUCGUCACGGGAUGUGGGGGAUGCUCCGGAUCAGGAAAAAAAUGGGACAAAAAGGUCAGAGCAUGUUCCGAACUCAUUGACAACUUUAUGGAACAUGCCAGUGUACCACUGCUUAGACCAACGGAGAAGAUGUCAUUCUUUAAUCCGGAUAAUGUGGAUUCAGCUGCACACGCUUAUGCCUGUAAACAGCACGGAACAAAAUGCCAAGAAACCGUUCAGCUUUACUCAAUAUUUCAAACCUUAUUGGCUAAAACAUACAAACCAAAUCCAAACACAAGCAUUGAAGAAGAGGUAUUUGGCGCAACAGACAACCCUAGCCCCCUGCUACAGAUAGUCGAGCAGGAGAUUGCCAUGAACGUGUCAGGGAAUGUGUCCAUUGUCAUUGACCACUACAAGGACAUUUCGUCAUUGCGAAGUAUUUUGAAGGUAUUAAUGAUCCACAAUCGUCGAGUUGAUUUUGUAAACUUCCACGUCAUGCACGGAGUUAAUCCUGAAAAGAUAGUGACCACUCUGCAGAGGAAACUCGAGACUUGGUCCGGUAUUUCCUGUCCAAAAUGGAGCAGGUUUGCAGCAGCACCGUUCACUGUGGAAGUGAUAUCAAAGGAUAGGAAGAGACGCAGCAUAGAGGAUAGCAGACAGCGGAACGAGGCUCGGAGGCGAAAACGAGACUGGGAGCGAGAUUGGAUUUUACGAUCGUAAUACUAUGUCGUCGACAAAAAACUUGAAUAUGAGAUGUAUUCAAUUUAUUUGAAAUAAAGCACUAGCAUGUA